CCUUCCCUAUUCAUUUCCCCCAAUCCCUAAUUUCUCAAAAAUCUUAAUCUUUCUCCCUCAUUUUUCCCGUCGAGUGUUCCUUAAUCCGAUUCAUAUUCCUCAGCCAUUACAUAUUUGCUUUCUUUUCCAAAAUCUUUUUCUUUCGGAUUUUCUGCAAAAUUGAAAUUGUUUUCACAAAAUUCGUCCUUUUUUUCAUCCCCAAAUCUUAAAUUUGUGCAAAAUUCGGCCUUUUUAUCCGUCGGAAGAGGGUUUCCAAUGGCGCUUGCGUAUGAUCCUCUCUUCAUUGCAUCGGACAAAGCUUUGUCCGCCUUUGAUGUUGCCUCACCGCCACAUCCCAUGAUUUUAACACAAGACGAGCUCAAACGCAUCGCCGCUUACAAAGCCGUUGAAUUUGUCGAAUCCGGCAUGGUCCUUGGCCUCGGUACCGGCUCCACCGCCAAACACGCCGUCGACCGCAUCGGCGAGCUUCUCCGUCAAGGCAAACUCGAGAACAUCGUUGGUAUACCAACCUCGAAGAAGACGCAGGAGCAGGCUCUGUCUCUCGGCAUCCCUCUCUCUGAUCUCGACGCACAUCCUGUCAUCGAUCUCUCCAUCGACGGCGCCGAUGAGGUCGACCCUUAUCUCAACUUGGUGAAAGGCAGAGGAGGGUCUCUGCUUCGAGAGAAGAUGAUCGAAGGAGCUUCUAAGAAGUUCGUGGUGAUCGUUGACGAGUCGAAGAUGGUGAAGCACAUUGGUGGAAGCAAGCUUGCUCUUCCGGUGGAGAUAGUGCCCUUUUGCUGGAAAUUCACGGCGGAGAAGCUCCGGAGUCUGCUGGAAGGAUACGGGUGUGAAGCGAAUCUUCGAUUGGGAGAGAAAGGUAAGCCCUUUGUGACAGACAAUGGGAAUUACAUAGUGGAUAUGCAUUUGGAAGAGGAUAUGGGAGAUUUGGGAGCUGUGAGUGAUGCGAUUCUGAGGCUUCCAGGAGUAGUGGAGCAUGGAAUGUUUCUGGAUAUGGCUUCUACUGUUAUCAUUGCAGGUGAGCUUGGUGUUAAGAUCAAGAACAAACAACACACCACCACCUCUUCUUAGUUGAUUUUGGCCAUUUUUGUAUUAGGAGAAAGAGGAUUAUGGUUUGCUCUAUGAUUUAGAUGAUAUGAGAUUGGUUUGGAUGAUGUCACUGUGAGGAGGAUAUGUGACUUUUCACAGAGUUUUGGAUGCAUUGACAUCAUCAUCAAUCUUCAAUCUUGUAAACGGCUUGUUGUUGCUUCGUUGCCUUUGAGUUUGAAUGCUUUCUUUUAAACUACUGGGCCUGUGUUGGGCUUUUCUUCUUGACUUCUUCUAUUAAAUACUGUAUCGUAGU